UCUGCAUUUUUAAUGAUUAUGUCUACUUUGAUAAUGUUAUUACCUACGGGUUGCGGGCUAGGCCCUUCUGCUUGUUGGGAUUUAGGGGUGGCGUUGUUGGUAUUCAUUUUUGAUAGGGUUAUAUCAAAAUACAAGAAGCGUAAGUAUGGUAUAAGUGGUUUAUGGGAACUAAGUAAUACAAACAAGUUUAAUUCGGCUCACUAAGAACAGAAAACUACGAUGAUAAUGCAAACGUGUAAACUGAAAAUAAUAAGCUCUGGUUUCAAGUAUAAUACAAUAUUGUAAAAAACAAAGUGGCCUACCUUCAAUCCUGAGUUCAAGACUGCUCCUUAUAUCCUAUGUGUUCUUGUUGCUUUCCUGGUCGAGAGUCCACUGCUACACGGUCAGCUAGGAACAGAGUUUUUUGAUAAUUCAAAGAAAAAUAACAGCUAUUUGGAUAGCAGAGGUGUGACGUAUUAUUUUUGAGUCUCGUGACGGGCAUCCAUCAGCUAAGCGUUCAGUGUCAAAAUGGCCGACCAACCUGUGUGCCGAUAACGCGUGGGCGACAUGUCCAAUUAGGAACACCAGAACGGAAAAGACGAAGGAAAAAUAUAUGCCACAAACAAGUGGGCUACCUCAUUCAGUGGACAUAGGCAGUGUCCGAAAAGUGGGAAAAUUGUCGAAACCGCCAUUCAUGGUCCCACAAAGAAAUGGCCAAUCGAGUUAUCGACUCAGUGUUGACACAGAGAGGUAGGCUGUUCGUCUUGCUUGAAUUUGUUUUUUUAAAACCUGCUAUCAUACUAUUUAAAUAAUUUAUUCAAUAUGCAUACACUAUAUAGGCGUUAAUUGUCACACAAUUUAGGCUUUACAAAUAUAAAGUCCUUCUAAAAAGCAUUACGGGUGUUAUUGUUGUUACCAAUUUCAAAUGUUUUUCGCCCAAAGUCUUUUCAUUAACUUUUUUUUUUUUACAACAUGCUUACUGGUAAAAUAUACAAAUGUUUUUCUGAUUAUCAAUGAUUCAAGGUAUUUCUUUAAUUAAUAUUGCAAUAUUGUUUACAGUGCUCAAUUCUCCUAACAAUGAAUGUUUGGGUUUUUUCUUCUUCCUUUUUUAGUUGCAUAUAAAAAUAUAUGUUUAAUAGUUUGUAUACAUAUUUGAAAUUAUUUUACAUUGUUUAUAUAAAUUAAAUUGAUAAACUUAUGCAUUUAAUUGGCCUUGGUGAUCAGGCUUUCUGUCAGAAAAUAAUUUGAGGGUACAUAAUUUUUUUUUUUAAAUGUUCGUAUGACAUACAGUGCACCUACUAGUUACUCCCAGCCUCCAUCAACACAAGUCAACACCAAGUAGGUCUGUUAAUUUAAUUUUAGGUUUUUGUAAAUAAUUUAUAAUAUUUCCAUAUACUUACCAUUUGUGACACCCAAUAGCCGAUAUGUAUUUUUGUGCUGGGGUGUCGUUAAACAAACAUUCAUUCAUACAUUUGUAAAUAAUUUCGUUUUCAUUUGACAGAAACAGAAAAGUAGAAUUUGUUUAAAAAAACAAAAAACAAAACAAAACAACACCAAACAAUAUUUUUGGUUGCAAUGAAAAGAAAAUAUUGUAGUGCAUUCGAGUGGUGGUGGUGGUGGGAUAUUACUACAGUCUGCGAAUGAUGCUCACUGCUGGGAAAGACUAGGUGGUUAUGGGUUUGUAAAUGGACACAGCAUUUUAUGUACAAAUGUUAAAACAGCAGUUCUCUUACUAUUAUCUUUAAUCAUGAAAAUGUAUUAAUUAAUUUCCAAGAUUUAAGGGUAUGUAAUUUACCAUUCAUGGCCUCUUGACAGAAACCCUGGCUGUGCAGUGGAUAUUUCACUGAGCAAAAGGCUACUAUGGGUUUGAAUUCCACUAGAGGCAUGUUAUUAAUCAUGGUAUCACCUCGGAUAUAGUUAUAUAGGGAGAUUGAUUAUAAUCCACACUUGCUUGGGACAUUUCCCUACUAUGCGAAUUGAUAUUUAUUGUUCAUUCAAGAAUAAUUGAUUUAACCCAAUAUUUGUCAGUGUAAUUUAAUUAGUGCAAGAACUGGUACAGGGUAUAAUACUAAAUAGUAAAACAAAACGUCGAAAAAUUAAUAGACCAACUUGGUGUCGACUUGUUUUAAACUAUUUUUCUAAAUACUAUAGACAUUGCAAUGUAGACAUAAAUGUACUAAACAUUGUUACAGGAGGGUAAUUUUAAUUUACAAGACAUAAACCUGCUAGAGAAACACUUUUUUCUAUUGCAUUCUAAACUGAGGAAGCACCGGUGUCAUGUUCAUUUAUUAUACUGACAUGUGUUUGAUGUCUUUCUGCAUGAGUGAUUCAGACCUGGAAACGCCGAACAAUCACAUCUUCAUGUAUGUUGCAAAAUGCAAAACGAUUUGGAUACAGUUAUCCUUCAUUCCAAGCCUGAAGGUACUUGGCAGCUAUUGAUUAUCAGCAACAUCUCAAUAGGCCAUAUGAUAUGUGAAAACCAAAAAUGGCAAAUUGAGGUACCAGAGGGUAUACUCGAAACACAGUAAGCAUUGAUCGCCACCUUCCCUCCGCCGUUGGUCCCCCUGAUUGGAGUGCAUGUCGGUCGAGCGCAGAAGGUCGCUCUUCCCUCCGGGAGACGUACAGGUGUCGAAUAUCGUUGACUACCAAGCUCCGGUGGAAUUGGCGCGAACCAUGGCGGACCUGUUUCCAGACGGGAGAGACAAGGUCAAGGUCCUUGAUGCUGCAGCUGGAACAGGACUCGUUGGGGUGGAACUGUUUAAAGUUGGAUUUAAAAAUCUAGAUGCUGUUGACGCAGCUGAGGGCAUGUUAGCUGUAGCGGAAUCGAAACACAUCUACCAGCGCCUGAUCUGCCAAUACCUGGGAGAAAAUAAAUUAGGAAUCGACAGUCGAAUCUAUGACGCAGUAACAAUGUGCGGAGGAGUAGGACAUAAUGCUGUUCCAGCUGCUGGUUUCAAGGAACUCCUGACUAUUAUAAAACCAGGUGGAGUGUUUGUGAACGCCACGCGGGUAGAAAACGCUAGUGAGAUCGACGAGUACCGAGAUACCACGCUGCCUCUCUUCGAGAAACUGGCAGAAGAGGGAAAAUUGAAACUCGAAACGGAGAGGAGAUUUCCUGUCUAUUUGCAUGGAAAAGAAGGAGUCAUUUCAGUAUACAGCGUUUUGUAAUGGAAAACGAAGAUUCGAAACGCACAAAAAGAAAUAAACAUUUUCUUUUAUCUUCGUGGAAAUGAAUUGGUUUUUUUCAGUAUACAGAUUUGUAAAUGAAAAUAUUAUAAAAAUAAAACUUCUUUGAUAUAGAAAUAUUU